GUCGGAAGAAAACUGGAUUACACGAGGAAGACCUCUCAGCGGAGACGCGAGAAACAAUGCACAGGAGCGCGCGGCGGCGGGCGCGCGGCGGCGGCGCGUCACUUGUAGCCGAGCUCCUCGAUGCGCCCGUUCUUCUCCGUGAUCUUCGCCUCGAGUUCAUCUACGCGUCCCUUCGCACUCUCAAACACGCGCUGGACUUCCGCUUCGUUCGCGAGGGAUAACGCAUCAUAAAUUGCGACGCCCAUGCCCUGCUUCGCUUGUUUGAUUUGCUGCUUCAGCAUAACGAUCUCCGCUUGUAAUUUCGACUUCUCGGCCGUCUUCUUGGCCGCGCUCGCGCCCUUCUUGGCGCCGUGGGUGACAGAUUCCCAAAAGGAUUUCUUCUGCUGGGGCGGGUCGGCGUCGGCCAUGGUCGCGAGGCGAGCGUGCGCGGUAGUGGUAAUCUGUGUCGUGCGGGCGACGCCGCUGGCGCAAGCUGUGGAGAGUUUAAGCUGUGGAGAGGCCCUAGCUACACAGGGAGUUCCUGCAGCUAAGACGACUUGCGGAACGGUAACCACUGCUGUUGCAAGCAAAAGAACGUCGCAGCGCGUCGUGAUGAGCGCAGAUGUGGCACAAAUGAGGAACUUUCCAAAU